AUGUUUCAUAAAAGCGAAAAUAAAUUAAAAUUGUUAGCACGUUCCGAAGGCAAAAUUAAGUCUUAUGAUUCGUGUUUCGAUAUUAGAGCAUGGAGUCAUGACACAGAAAAUCGAGUUAGGUACCUUAGGGAUUGGAUAAAGUGUGAUAUGCCAAUUUGUGUUUUACCUGUUUCUAUAGUCGCCAGCUCUCUAAGAAUGAUGUCUUGGAGGCAUCGAGGAAAAGUUACACCAAGAUGUCAUCCAGAUUGUAAGGCUAAAGUGGUCCUUGAUAGUAUCUGCGACUCUUGUCAUGCAAUCACGGAAUGUUUUAAGGACGCAGACAAUUUUCAAAAAUAUUUCGCAGAGGAGGAAUUUGAAACGACUCAUUGGCCUUGCGAAAGAUGUUUGGAAGCUCUGAAAAGUAUAAAAGUGUUUUGGAAGAUAAUAUUAGAUAAAAUAUUCAAAGUAAAAUUUCCAAAGAGUGACUGCACAAGUCGUUACAGCAUUCGCAGCGUUAAAAGUAUUGUUAGAAUUUGGAAAGAUGAAAUUGUAGAGCAAGCUGUUGUCGUCAAAAAUAUAACGCCUUUUGUAAAUGAACAUAUCAGUUCUGAUACAUUAACGGUACACUCGAAACAAAGCAUCAAUGAAAAUUUGUCAAAAAAGGCCAUUAAAAAAGAUAUCUCUACAGAUACCGAUUUUAUCGUCUGCAACAACUAUGUCAGAAGUUCAUCAUUACUAUGCAGAAAGUUAAGCAGAUGCAUUUCAGUCAAAACUAAAACUGUUGACGUUGGUUGCAGUACUUGUAUCGUAGAUGCAGAAGAAAAUAGUACAGUUAAAUAUAAUUUGGAUUGUUUACAACAACGGUUUAAUCUACAAAGCAAUGAACUGAAACAACUCAAGAGAGAGAACAUUUCACUAAAACUUGAAUUGCGUAAUAUGCGUCAAAAUCUUAUACCUACAUACACAGCCGUGUAUUCUGAUAGUAGCGUCUUUGCACCACCGAGGCCUUUUGAGUCUUAUUUUGAAGAAAUGGAAACCGACACAGUCAAUGAUAUCGAAUCGGAAAUGAUUAUAACCAUGAAAAAUUGUCAAAAUAAGAAUUUCAAACAUGUAUCAAUGUUGCAAGUUCUUCACAAAACCAAUGAAUCAAUGACAAAAGAUACGUUCAUAGGCAGCCAACGUAAGAAGCAAGAAGAUCCCAUAGAAGUUUUAACAAAAGUUCACAAAACUUUUGGAGCUAUUGUAAAAAGAGAGCUUAGAAUUGCGAAUAAAAAAAAGGCAAAUGACAAAGAUAUAAAUAUCGCUGCUUAUUAUAAAGGACAUGCGGAUAUAGAUCACAAACUUUGUGCGAAGUCUUCAAAUUCCACUAUUUCUGACUCAAUAUUUGUGUCAGCGACUCAAGUUUUGUAAUGUUUAAAAAAUCAAAUAUUGUUUCUGUCAAGCAUAAUAAAGCUAGUCAUAGUUA